CCGGGAGCGUCCGGGCCGCCGUGCGCGAGCGAGGGAGAGCGCGCGCGCUCACGGGGCGCGCUCUUGAGUGCCGGCCGCGCGCUCGGGGGCGCGCAUGUGCGUGUGUGCGGGUUGCCGGGCUGCCCCGAGCCCGCUGGGAGCCUGUCCGCUCCAGGUGGCUGGCGGCCGGAGCGAGGGAGCGGACAUGGACUUCGACUCGUACCAGCACUAUUUCUACGACGAUGACUGCGGGGAGGAUUUCUACCGCUCCACGGCGCCCAGCGAGGACAUCUGGAAGAAAUUCGAGCUGGUGCCUUCGCCCCCCACGUCGCCGCCCUGGGGCUUGGGUCCCGGUGCCGGGGACUCGACCCCUGGGAUUGGUGCCCCGGAGCCGUGGCCCGGAGGGGGCGCCGGGGACGAGGCAGAAUCCCGGGGCCACUCGAAAGCCUGGGGCAGGAACUACGCCUCCAUCAUCCGCCGUGACUGCAUGUGGAGUGGCUUCUCCGCCCGGGAACGGCUGGAGAGAGCGGUGAGCGACCGGCUCGCCGCUGGCGUGGCCCGGGGAAACCCGCCCAAAGCUCCAGCCGCCCCGGACUGCGCCCCGAGCCUUGAAGCCGGCAACCCGGCGCCCGCCGCCCCCUGUCCGCUGGGCGAGCCCAAGACCCAGGCCUGCUCGGGGUCCGAGAGCCCUAGCGACUCGGAGGCCGAAGAAAUCGACGUUGUGACAGUAGAGAAGAGACAGUCUCUGGGUGUCCGUAAGCCGGUCACCAUCACGGUGCGAGCAGACCCUUUGGACCCCUGCAUGAAACACUUCCACAUCUCCAUCCAUCAGCAACAGCACAACUAUGCUGCCCGCUUCCCUCCAGAAAGCUGCUCCCAAGAAGGGGCUCCAGAGAGUGGUCCCCAGGAGGAGCCUCUGGAGAGAGAUGCUCUGGAGGAAAAGGAAGAGGAGGAGGAAGAAGAGAUUGUGAGCCCCCCGCCUGUAGAAAGCGAGGCACCCCAGUCCUGCCACCCCAGGCCUGUCAGUUCUGAUACUGAGGACAUGACCAAGAGGAAGAACCACAACUUCCUAGAGCGUAAAAGGCGGAAUGACCUCCGUUCGCGGUUCUUGGCCCUGAGGGACCAGGUCCCCACCCUGGCCAGCUGCUCCAAGGCCCCCAAAGUAGUGAUCCUAAGCAAGGCCUUGGAAUACUUGCAAGCCCUGGUGGGUGCAGAGAAGAGGAUGGCCACAGAAAAAAGGCAGCUCCGAUGCCGGCAACAGCAACUGCAGAAAAGAAUUGCAUACCUCAGCGGCUACUAACUGACCAAAAAGUCUGACUGCUCUGUCUUAAAAACACAAGUUUAUUUCUCAUCUCUCCCCUUCUCCCUUAGUAAUUUGCACAAUUUGGACAUUAGAUCCCAGAAUGCAUUGCAGCCAGUGCACACACAAUAAAGGCUUGCAUUCUUGGAAACCUUGAAACCCGCUCUCCCUCUUUCCUAACCCAGUGGACUUCUCAGGCAGGCAGCUGACUGAGGAGCCCUGGGGUCUGCCUAGCUCACUAGCUUGGAAGAAAAGCCUGACAGAUGCUAUGCAACAGGUGGUGGACGUUGUUGGGGGGUGGGGGUGGGGGACUCCAGCCUGCAUGAAAUCUCACACUCCGGAUGAGCUUUAGGCUGGGUAAGGAUGCUCCCAGUGGUGUUCCUGGAUGAUGCUAGGACAGCUGGGCCUGGAUGCUCCUCCAGAGGCUCCUUUUCCAGAAGACACAUGAGCCUUCUUGGGUGGAGACAAACUUGCAGACUUGAUCAGCACGGAUCAUUACCUCACUGUCAGACACUUUACAGUAACUGAGGAGUUGGAAACUUUUAAUAUUAGAUAUAUAUAUAUAUAUAUAUAAUGACACUGAAAAUGUUAAGACUACACCCCUCCACCCACUCACAAUGCUGCGACCUUGAGAACAUUUAAAGAACUUGGCUUCUAGAUUCUUUGUCUCCGCAUCCUCUUGGCCCUUUCCUCUGAGAGAGGGACCAAUCUGUCCUCACAAGGAACCUUUUUGUUUCAUUCUACUCUUGUUAUGCAGUGGGCUCUGUGGCAUCCCUUUCCUUCAGGUCAGAAAUAUUUCCCAAGACAGGGAAAUUGCUUGAAGCCUGGGGCCUGGGGAAGCUUUGGAGUCCUGGCCUGUGAGCUUGUUUCUUGCCCAGGUAUUGGCCGAGGGGCACUUGAGAAACUCUUGGAAUCUUUUCUCCAGGAAAGUGUAAGGCACCUCAAAAGGAAAAACUAUACCACUUCCUCUUCCCACCUCUCCCUCGUCUCAAUCCUCGACUAUUAAAUAUGAAAUUCUACUGGAACCAUGCAAAUCUGACCUUCUCUUGCAAUUCCAAGAAGCUGGCUGGCUCUGUGACCACCCUUGGGCUCCUGCCAGCCUGCCAUUAGUCAGAUCUCUUUCCUAGAAUCUGGGUCUUACUGAACUUCUGGGGAGAGCCACUGGGACUCAUAUGCUGGGCUCUAGAAGGUGGACUUGCUUCAUGGUGGAUUUUAAAGGAGCUUCCAGGAGCUGUGCUUAGCCAACCAUGAUGGAUUUUGCCCCAGCUGAACUCGGUAGCUCCAAGUGGAAUCUGGGUGCAGCCUCCAGGCUGGGAAAGCAUCUAAUACAACAGGUGUCAUGUGGAUAAUACCUGGAACACCUGUGCCUAGCUUGGAAGAUGGACAGUGGCUCCGGAAGUCUGCCCAGAGUCCCUGCAGGCUGUGGGUUUAGAAGUGGUGGGGUUAGAUGGGUAGAGCUCUAUAGGUGGCUCAGCAAAACCAGCUGCUACUUCCAAACCUAUUUUCCAUGAUAGUCGGUUUCUGAGGUCGCUUCCUGGCCUCAGAGAACCCCAGUGGAAAUUUGGAAAAAGCUGCUUUAUCUUCUGGAGCAUAGUUUCUGUAGCAAACUGAUUUCUGGGGCUGCCUUUGGAGACAAGCAGGAUGUAGGCUACUGAUGUCUCAACUUGAAAAGCUUGUAUUUUAUAAGCUGCUGUUGGGUAUUAUGCUGGGGCAGCCUUUCUCUUUUAUACUGUAUUUUUGUAUGCCUUUUGCAAAGUGGUGUAGUUUUUGUACAAGGGAAAAACAAAACAUUGGAGCAAUUCUCCUGUUGCCAGGGUCUGAUUUAUUUUGAAAGGCAGAUGUACCAGAAAUUUUGUAUUUAGUUGUGAUUACUGAUUGCCUGAUUUUAAAAUGUUGCCUUCUGGGACAUCUUCUAAUAAAAGGAUUCUCAAACA